CAUUCAGAUUUUACUCUGUUUUUAGCCAAGAUCCUUUGGUUUUGUGGUGAUUAGCCUUCUUUCAUUUAGAAGAUAAUUGGGUUUUCAAUCAAGCAAAAGAAUAAGAAAGAUUGUGUGAUAAAGAUAAAUCAAACGGGGAAAAUUAUAUACUCGUCAAUUAACAUAAGUUGGUUUGGCGUGUAAAACCAAAAGAUUAAUGGCGUGGUAGGUUUAUCUUUGGGUGACGUUUCUUAAUUAUUUGUGAUUGUUUGUGGACUUUGUACUUUACUUUGAAAAGCAACCAUGAUGAUAAUCAAUUUUAGUGAAAUUAAUUAAUUAAGGCUGUAGUUUUUACUUAUAAUAUUAAAAAGAACAUGCUUGGCGUUACAGCCAUUAUAUUUUACUAUUUAAAAAAAAAACAACCACCCUAGAAGAAAAAUCAACAAAGACUUUGAGUUUCUGGUUUUGGGUAUAAUGGGUCUGUACUUUAAAACAUAAAUAAAUAGAAGUCAUAUUCAAUUUCUUAUCUUAUAAGAUACUUGUUAAAGAAAUAUCCAAAGAUAAUUUAUAAAUACCUCCAUACAAUAAACCCCCUUAUUCUAAUCCCUCAUGCAAUAUUUUCAUAUUCACACCAACUUCCAUUGGAAUUACUCUUUUAGUUUUUUGGUUUAACAAGCCAGGAAAUUGGUGGGAAAUUACAAGUUUUCUUGGCUCAUGAAUUCACUUUUUAGAAGAUUUGGGAGAAAAAAGAAGAAACAAAAAUAAAAGGUGCAUAAGACUUUCAGGUUAAGAAAAUAAAAGAUGGCAAAUAAAUUAUAUUUUUCAUUUUGAUAUUAGUAUUUUGGUUUCUUUACUAAUAGAAUCAUUUACAUUUCAUGUGAGAUUGCUUGAAUCAUAAUCAUUGACCGGGUGAUAAAUUAAAGAGAGAUGAUGCUUCUACAAGAAAAUUAUUGGAAUUUAAUUAACUUUAAUAUGCACUUGCAUGUGUUCCCAUUUAAUUGUCAAUUGCAUAUAUGGUGUAUAAACUAGAAUAUUCUUUUAAAAGGAAAACUACAACCAGCCAUGUUUUCAGGAGAAAAAAAUUACAAUAAUUCCUUAAAGAUUUAUGUUAUUAUGUAUUAUGUACUUGGUACUGGAAAUAGAAGAAUUCUCAUAAUCAAUAAAAGACAAAUAAGAUUAUGAUGACAGUGAAUGUAAUUAAUAAAGCAACAAUGAACAGUCGAUAAAUGAGAUGGAAUUUUUUCAUUGUUAAUUAACUAGUUUUCUUAGUUUUUUUAGCUUAGCUUGUGCACAGUAAAACUAAGUUAUUUUCCUGAUUCACUCAAAAAUAUGUAUUUAUAUUAGACUUGGGAAUUCACAGAAAAAGGAAAAGUAAAAACCCACAACUUGUUUUACUAUUUUACUAAUUAAUUAAAACAUAUAAUUUCUAUUGAUUGCUGUAGUAAAUUUGGCUUUUAUAUUUUUUGCUGAUGAUGGGGAGAGUUAAAUGUGGAAACGUCUCUGUACCAUUCUUAGUUGAAUGAUAAUUGACUUGAGAGCCACCUUUAUUCAUAAAGUGACAACAAACCAAAACAGCAAUACCAUGAACUUGUUUUGAGAGAAUAGAUAGCACAUUGGUUAAAGCACGGUGACACAGAAAACCCUCCAUUUUCUCAAAACCUGCUGAUCAAACCAACUGAUAAAAGCUAAAAACCGUUGUUUUUAAAGCAAGAAAACAGGCUUUGCACCACCUGUCAAUCUAACCAAUCAGUUUUACCUUGAUCCAAGCGACAUGCAGAAAAAGCAAGAACACUCUCCAAGAUGAGCUUUUUGUCUUUUUGAUCAUAAACUCUCAUGCUGUGCAGUGUCACAAGCACCAGUGCUUACAAUACCUUCUACCUGGUUUUCUUCCCUACUGUAUUUUGGUAAAACCAAAAACCAAACCCAGAAAACCCAAUUAGAAUUUUGUGGUGUUGAGAGAAAGGGAAAAGAAAUGGCUUUGUUGAGUGAAGCACUCACGCAGAUCCUGAUACCUGCUGCCGCAUUGUUGGGUAUUGGGUUUGCUUUGCUUCAGUGGUUUUUGGUGUCAAGAGUUAAGGUCUCUGUUGAUUCCAAUAGUGUCAACAAUGGUUUCAGUGACAGGCUGAUUGAAGAUGAAGAAGAAGGAAAUGAUAGUCUUGAGGUUUCCAUCAAGUGUGCUGAAAUCCAAACUGCAAUUUCUGUUGGAGCAACCUCUUUCUUGUUUACUGAGUACAAGUACUUGACUAUCUUCAUGGGUAUAUUUGGUGUCAUCAUCUUUCUCUUCCUUGGUUCGGUUAAGGGCUUCAGCACCAAGAGUGAACCAUGCACAUACAACAAGGGAAAAAUGUGUAAACCAGCUCUGGCCAAUGCCCUGUUCAGCACAAUUGCUUUCUUGCUUGGUGCUCUUACUUCUACCCUCUCAGGCUUUCUGGGAAUGAAAAUUGCAACCUAUGCCAAUGCCAGAACAACUCUGGAGGCAAGGAAGGGAGUUGGGAAGGCGUUUAUCACAGCUUUUCGCUCGGGUGCUGUGAUGGGUUUUCUCCUUGCUGCUAAUGGUCUUUUGGUGCUGUAUGUCUCCAUCAAUUUAUUUAAACUCUAUUAUGGAGAUGACUGGGAGGGGCUUUAUGAGUCUAUUACUGGUUAUGGUCUUGGAGGUUCUUCAAUGGCCCUCUUUGGAAGAGUUGGAGGAGGUAUAUAUACAAAGGCAGCCGAUGUUGGAGCUGACCUUGUUGGGAAAGUAGAAAGAAAUAUCCCUGAAGACGAUCCUCGGAAUCCAGCUGUUAUUGCUGACAAUGUGGGUGACAAUGUAGGAGACAUUGCUGGGAUGGGUUCUGAUCUUUUUGGGUCCUAUGCUGAAUCAUCCUGUGCAGCACUUUUUGUUGCAUCAAUAUCAUCUUUUGGUGUUAGCCAUGACUUUACAGCUAUGUCUUAUCCUUUGAUUAUUAGCUCAGUGGGUAUCUUGGUUUGUAUCAUAACUACGCUUUUUGCAACUGAUUUAUUCGAGAUCAAAGAUGUGAAAGCAAUUGAACCAUCCCUGAAAAGACAGCUCCUUAUCUCAACUGUUCUAAUGACUGCUGGGAUUGCUCUGGUGAGCUUCAUUGCCUUGCCAUCAGAGUUCACACUCUUCAAUUUUGGGACUGACAAGGUUGUAAAGAACUGCACUACAGCAGCUAUUGGCAAGGGUUUUGCAAUUGGAUCUGCUGCUCUCGUUUCUCUUGCAUUAUUUGGUGCAUUCGUGAGCAGAGCUGGAAUCAAGGCAGUUGAUGUGUUGACUCCAAAGGUGUUUAUAGGACUGAUUGUUGGUGCAAUGCUUCCUUACUGGUUUUCAGCUAUGACAAUGAAGAGCGUAGGAAGUGCAGCUCUCAAGAUGGUUGAAGAGGUUCGCCGCCAAUUCAAUACUAUUCCAGGUCUAAUUGAAGGGAGAGGGAAACCAGAUUAUGCUAACUGUGUCAAGAUAUCUACUGAUGCCUCACUCAGGGAGAUGAUCCCACCUGGUGCUUUAGUCAUGCUUACACCACUUAUUGCUGGAACAUUCUUCGGAGUCCAAACACUUGCUGGUGUCCUUGCUGGUUCCCUAGUUUCCGGCGUACAGGUUGCCAUCUCAGCUUCUAACACAGGAGGGGCAUGGGAUAAUGCAAAGAAAUACAUCGAGGCUGGUGCUUCCGAGCAUGCCAAAUCCUUAGGUCCAAAGGGGUCAGACCCACACAAGGCUGCAGUCAUUGGCGACACCAUUGGAGAUCCCCUCAAGGAUACCUCCGGUCCUUCGCUCAACAUCCUGAUCAAGCUCAUGGCAGUGGAAUCACUGGUUUUCGCUCCAUUCUUCGCUGCUCAUGGAGGGUUGAUCUUCAAAUUGCUUUAAGUGAAAUCUAUUCCCUACCUGGGUAUACAAUGUUUCAGGGAUUGACAACUAGUGUUAGUGAAGCUUUUUUUUUUUCUUCUUGUUCCUGGUAUCUGGUAUGUUCUGAAACGAUGACAGAGCAUUUAGUAUUGAAUAAAUUAGCCGUUGAUGUAGAAGUUUGUCA